AUGGAACAGUGUUUAGGAGAAUUACAUGAUGAAAUUGCCAUUCCUUAUUUGGAUGAUGUGAUCGUAUUUAGUAGAACAUUCGACGAACAUGUCGAACACUUACGAACAGUUUUACGUCGCCUAAGAGAACACGGUGUCAAAUUGAAGCAAAGAAAAUGUAAAUUGUUCAAACGUGAAGUCACAUUCCUCGGUCGAGUAGUGUCGAAAGAUGACUACAGAAUGGAUCCCGAGAACAUUAACGCAGUUGCGAGUCUAAAGAACAAUACUCCUCAUACAAUAGGAGAUCUUCGGAAAAUGCUUGGAUUACUCAGUUACUAUCGUCGUUAUGUACCCAAUUUCGCGCGAAAGGCUAAACCAUUAUACGACCUUGUUACACAAGCAGCAACAACAGACCCGUGUCAUGAUCAAGAGAAAGGUAACAAAAACACCAGAAAGAAAGGUCAAGUGCCAUCAUCAGUCAAAAUCGCGUGGACUGAGAUACAUCAGACUGUGUUAGAGAAACUCAUUGACCAUCUGAUAACACCUUCGGUUAUGGCAUAUCCAGAUUAUCAAAAACCCUACAUCGUGCACACUGAUGCCUCGAAAGACGGUCUAGGUGCUGUCUUAUACCAGGAACAGGAAGAGACAAUGCGAGUCAUUGCGUACGCCUCUCGGAGUCUGACUAAUGCAGAAAAGAACUAUCACCUCCAUGCAGGAAAAUUAGAAUUUCUGGCACUCAAUUGGGCAAUCACCGACCACUUCCGUGAUUAUUUAUAUUACGCGCCUGAAUUUACGGUUUAUACCGAUAACAAUUCAUUAACAUACGUUUUAACAUCUGCACGACUUAAUGCCACAGGCUUAAGAUGGAUUGGAGAACUGGCCGCCUUUAAGUUCAACAUCCGUUAUCGUCCAGGAAAACUCAAUGGAGACGCCGAUGCAUUGUCCAGAAUGCCUAUGAAUAUUGACGAUUAUAUGAAAACAUGCAGUGAAGAGGUUAAUCGCGACGCUUUCCAAGCGACUGUUUGUGGAGCAAAAGUACAGGUCGAACAGUUUCAAACACCUUUGCUCUUUCCUCCUGAGAUUACUCGAGCGGAUGUUAGUUUAAACCAAGCAUCUAUAAAUUUGAAGACAGCACAGAAUGACGACGCAGAUAUUGACCGCGUCAUAACACUUAAAAUAGCGAACACGUAUUUGUCUCCUCAUGAAAGAAAGCAGGAAAGCCACACUGUACAGCAGCUGUUAAGAGAAUGGAAUAAGUUAAAAGUGGGGACCGAUGGAGUUCUGUACCGACUAGCAGGAACAGUCCGUCAAGUUGUACUACCUGGACGUCUACGUCAACAAGUUUAUAAAGAGUUACAUGAAGAGAUGGGUCAUUUGGGUUCUGAACGCGUCAUUGACUUGGCUUGA